UAGUAAAAUAACUUACAUAUAGCUAACAGGUGGUUCCUACCCCACAUAUAUGGAACUAUAUUUUCUCUUUUGUCUAUUAUUUUGUUAUUUUCAGGCAUUGAAUGGAAUUGAAAGAGAACUGAUUCAUGUCACCUCUAAAGAGAAGGUGACCAGUCUUAUGAGACUCGCCCAAACGCUGGAGCAGCAUGUGCAGCAUCUGCCACUAGGAGACACCAUGCAGCAACCCCCUACUGCAGACACAUACACCAGAGCAACAGUGGGAGACAUCCUGGAAUCCAUUCAGGAAGAUCCAAGCAAUAAUAGUUAUGAUGAAGAGUAUGACAGUGUUCAGACUGAAGCAAAUGGGAACCUAAGACCUGCAUCAGGUGACACUGAUGCUCACAGUUUUGGUGAUAACCAUGGGAGGAUUGUGAACUACAUGACAGAGAUCAGUUCUGAUUAUAGCUGUGUUGAUGAUGGUGAGGAGGAAGAUGGGGAACAGAAGGAUAGGGAGGAGUCCGGUGAGGAAUGGGUGGAGGGUGAGGAACAAGAGGAUGGGGAGGAGGCGGGUGAGGAACAGGAGGGUAAUCAUGAGGAGAAGGAAGAAGAGGGUGAUGAGAAAAAGGAGGAAGAUGGGGUAGAGGAGGACAGUCACCUUGAAGCUUUUUCUGUAGAUCCUUCUGCAAAAGCUCAUGUUAAAGAAGAAAUUCAGUAUACUGAUGAGGUACACCAAGGUUCAAACUCCAAAGAGCAUGUUUAUUCAGAAGAUUCAGAAAUUUCAGUUGCUGCCUCCAUGAGGGCUUUAUCUGACUUGUUACAAGAACUUGAUAAUGGAGAACAGUCUGCUGAAGAAACAAUGGCAGAGGGAUCUGUUCAGAAACCGGACUGUUCAAAUGAGGAAUGCCUUCCAACUACUCAGUCUUCAACCCUUAUUACUGGUUCAGUUGACAGUGGACAAUCUCAAUCUGAUGUACCACCAUCAACACCCACCAAUUCAUCUACUGCCCCACUCCCAACCCCAUCACCUCCAACCCCACUCCCCCAAGGCACCCCACCACCUCUCCCACCCCCUCUGUGUGCCCCUCCACCCCCUCCCAGUGCCCCUCCUCCACCUGGUGGUCAGUUUGGUAUGAAGACAGGACGCACGCUGAAGAAAACUACUCAGCAGAAGUUGCGAAUGUUUAGAUUUUCUACGCUUCCAGUUAAUGCGGUAGACAACUCUGUAUGGAAGGACUUGCGAGACCUGACCUCCAGUAUCAACACCAAAGCUCUGGAGGACAUGUUUGCACUGGAGGAGAACAAGACACAGAGAACGGCUUCCACUGCUGUGCAACCAGGCCUGAGCAAACAACAGCCAAAAUCAUUGUUAGAUCCCAAGAAGGCUCAGAACCUGGGGAUCUUCCUGAUGGGCCUCAAGAUGUCUGCUGCCCAACUUAAGCAGAAGUUGGACAUUGUGGAUGAAACCUCUGGAGGGCUGACAACAGAGCAGAUCACAGCUAUAAGAAGGUAUCAACCAGAUAAAAAUGAGCAGAAGACAUUGGAACAGUACUCUGGUGUGGUCAGUGACCUGGACAGAGCUGACCAGUUCAUGUUAGAGCUGUGCAGGAUACCCCACCUGGACCUGAAGCUGGAACUGUUACUGGCCAUACGUGAGCUGGCAGCUCAAAUAGAUGACAUAGAGCCAAGCAUGGAGCUGGUCAGUGUGGCAUGUGAUGAGCUUCUCGGCAGCCAAAUGUUUGUGGUCGUCUUGGAGUAUAUUCUGGCUGUUGGGAACUACAUCAACAGUUCAGGGGGAAAAGGAGGCCUCAUGGGAUUCCACCUGUCAUCUCUUUUGAAA